AUGGCCGACUUCUUCGCAGACCUGCUGCCUAAGCAGCCCUCCAACUCGCAGAACGGCAGCCAGAAGCCGCCCAGCUUUGAGGACGACGUGCUGGUUAGCCCCACGGCCUCUUCCGACCAGGCCCGGGCCUCCAGCAGCGCGGCUAUGUCCGGGGGGCCGAUGCGCAAGGACACGGCCAAGGACCUGGAGGGCGUGGUGCAGGCCGUGUUCCAGCGCUUCAGCGGCAGCCUGCAGAAGAUCCUGGAGGACGUGGACCGCCGGCUGGAGAGCCUGGAGAACCGCACCGAGCACAUCUGCCAGGUGGUGACCGACCUGCAGUCGGUGGCGGGGCUGCGCGAGGACGCGGCCAAGGAGCGGCUGGGGGGCCUGGAGAAGACGCUGCGCGAGGUGCACCGCUCGGUGCAGAUCAUCCGGGACAAGCAGGAGCUGGCAGAGGCCAGCGCGGAGCUGGCCAAGCUGGCGAGCCCGCAGCCGCGGCGCCGCCGCCGGUGA